AUGGCGCCAACGACUGCGACUCUAUCAGCAUCUGUUCCACCUCCAACGCGGAACACUAAAAAGUACGAUCCUAAGAGACCCCAUAUCACAGAAGAACCCAUUACUCGAGACAAUUGGUACAAACAUGUCAAUUGGCUGAACGUCACUUUAAUCGUCGGACUUCCUCUAUAUGGGCUAUUCGCCGCAGCCUGGACACCAUUAAGGUUAAAGACAGCCGUCUGGGCCAUAGCAUAUUAUUUUAUGACAGGUCUUGGAAUUACUGCAGGAUACCAUCGUCUUUGGGCUCACACAUCUUAUUCCGCCAGCCUCCCUCUAAAGAUUUUUCUCGCUGCUGUCGGUGGUGGUGCGGUGCAAGGUUCGAUCAGAUGGUGGGCUAGAGACCAUCGCGCUCACCAUCGCUACACCGAUACAGAUAAAGACCCCUACUCUGUACGAAAAGGGCUUUUAUACUCUCACAUUGGAUGGAUGAUCAUGAAGCAAAACCCUAAGCGAAUUGGAAGGACUGACAUAUCAGAUUUGAACGAUGACCCUGUUGUUAUACUGCAACACCGCCACUACAUCAAGACAGUUAUAUUUAUGGGUAUGGUGUUCCCAUGCCUCGUCACAGGGUUGGGAUGGGGUGACUGGAUGGGAGGAUUUAUAUAUGCCGGAAUACUCCGUAUAUUCUUCGUUCAACAAGCAACGUUCUGUGUCAACUCCUUAGCGCACUGGCUCGGAGACCAACCCUUUGAUGAUAGAAAUUCCCCCAGAGAUCACAUUAUAACUGCAUUUGUCACGCUCGGUGAAGGGUACCACAAUUUCCAUCAUGAAUUUCCUUCUGACUACCGCAACGCCAUCGAAUGGCAUCAAUACGAUCCAACUAAGUGGGCUAUAUGGAUGUGGAAACAGCUCGGCCUAGCUCACGACUUGAAACAAUUCAAGCAAAAUGAGAUAGAGAAAGGUAGAUUACAGCAGUUACAAAAGAAACUCGAUCAAAAGAGACAGGUGCUUGAUUGGGGAACUCCUCUCGAACAACUGCCCAUAAUUAGUUUUGAAGAUUAUCAGGCAGAGGCCAAAAAGGGUCGAGCACUAGUCGCAGUAGCAGGUGUCAUUCACGAUGUGUCUGACUUUAUCAAAGAUCACCCUGGUGGAAAAGCCCUCAUUUCCUCCGGUAUAGGGAAGGACGCCACAGCUAUCUUCAAUGGAGGUGUAUACAACCACUCCAAUGCAGCACAUAAUCUCCUAUCUACCAUGCGCAUCGGUGUUAUCCGCGGUGGUUGCGAAGUUGAGAUCUGGAAGCGCGCACAACGUGAAAAUAAAGAUAUAUCAUUUGUAAGCGAUACUGCCGGUCAAAAGAUUAUUCGAGCAGGUCUCCAAGUAACCCGUAUAUCGGAACCCGUCGCUUCCGCCGACGCAGCUUAG